CUUUGAAGUGUAUCGAAUUUUUUUCAGUUACUACCUCCGUUACGGUGUAAAAUCGUCAGCAACGCGUUGCCAGAGUUGAAUAAUAGGUGCAAUAAUUAAGCGCCUGCCCGUGUAGGGAGCCAGCCAGUGAGAUGAAUCAGUCUCGGAAUUUCACGUCUCUGUUAAAUCCGAGUUAUUUACAAAAUGCGCAAAAUGCCGCUGCGGCAAACGCGGCCGCCGCAGCAGCCGCUGCAGCUGCUGCUGUAUCUGCGGCUAUCGCCAACGGAACUUCGUUAAGUUCCAGCAGUUCGUCCCAGAGCAGAAAGCGGGAAGCGGAAAGCGAUGGGAAAUCAGACAAGGAAUCCAGAGAGGAACGGCGUAAGCGAAGGAAGACCAGAUGGGGAGGUAGCGAACACGACAAGACAUUCAUUCCAGGGAUGCCGACGGUUCUGCCGACCAAUCUUACCCCGGAACAGGAGCAGGCUUACCUCUUUCAGCUGCAGAUUGAGGAAAUCAGCAGGAAACUCCGUACAGGCGACCUUGGAAUACCGCCAAACCCCGAAGAAAGAUCCCCAUCUCCGGAGCCGAUUUACAGUAGCGAUGGUAAGCGCUUGAACACCCGCGAAUAUCGAACUCGACGGAAAUUGGAGGAGGAAAGGCACAAUCUUAUUCAGAAGAUACUGAAAAUUAACCCCGAGUUCAAACCGCCACCAGAUUACAAGCCACCAAUAAUACGUGUACAUGAUAAAGUUAUGAUUCCACAAGAGGAGCAUCCGGACAUAAACUUUGUCGGUUUGCUUAUCGGACCACGUGGCAAUACUUUGAAAUCAAUGGAAAAGGAAACCGGCGCCAAGAUUAUUAUUCGUGGAAAGGGUUCAGUGAAAGAAGGUAAAGUCGGUAGAAAAGAUGGUCAGCCUUUGCCAGGAGAGGACGAACCAUUGCAUGCGUACAUUACUGCAAACAAUCUUGAUGCUGUAAAGAAAGCAGUUGAAAGGAUUCAUGAAAUAAUUAGACAAGGAGUUGAAGUACCUGAGGGCCAGAACGAUUUGCGCCGCAAUCAAUUACGCGAAUUAGCUUUGCUGAAUGGAACGCUGCGAGAGAAUGACGGACCUCGAUGUACAAACUGUGGUGCAAGUGACCACAAGUCUUGGUUGUGUCCUGACAAACCCAACGUCACUAAUAACAUCGUAUGCUCGAGUUGCGGUGGCGCGGGACAUAUAGCGCGAGAUUGUCGGUCAAAACGACCUGGUCAAGGCGGUCCAGCAGCUGCUGGAAUGACUGGAAUGACCCCGGGAGGUGACAAAGCAAAGAUUGAUGAGGAAUACAUGUCGCUAAUGGCUGAGCUCGGCGAGGGUCCGCCCCCAGAUCGAUCCAAGGGUCAUCAACGCUCCCAGAACACAAAUUAUCCGGGUCUAUUCGACCGGCAACAAGCACCACGUGCUUUGAUGGCAGCUCCGGCACAUCCACCCCCGCAGAUGAUGCAAGGUGGUCCAAUGAUGCCUCCUCCAGGCAUGGCACCGCCUCCCUGGACCCAGAACGACGUGAACAGCAUGAACGGUAUGAAUAUGCAGUGGCAACCUCCGGUCAGCAUGCCUCCGCCUCCGGGUGUGAUGCAGCCGCCCCCUCCACCCCCUGGCUCAACCACGCAACCCAAUAUUCCACCGUUGAUGCCGUGGAUGACUGGAAACAACCAGCCUCCACCACCCGGUCAAAUGCCACCAAGCCAAAUGCCCCCAGGAAUGGGAGGAAUGCCACCAUGGCAACAAGGGCAACAAAGCCCAAUGCGUCCCCCGCCUCCUGGAACAGCUCCACCUCCUGGAUAUCCCGGAUGGCAGCAGCAAACGCUGAGCGGAUGGCCGCCAGCGGCCCCUGUGCCUCCGCCACCACAGCAACCGGCACCUGCACCUCCGGGUAUCGAUUUGAACAGCUUACCGACACUGUUGGCACAACCGCCACCGCCACCCCCGCCAACCAGUUAGUGCAAAACACAGUCGAAUCACGAAAUUUAAUUUUGAAUUACGAUUUAGGUGUAAGAGCCAAAAGGUAAGUUUAGUUCGCUACUUCGUUAAGUGUGAGAAAUCAAGGUUUCGAUAGCGAUGGUUGGGUGUUCAUGAUGAUCGAAAUGUGGCUGAGAUUCGAUUUUUCUUUGUUUUCUCACGUUGUUUCACCUGGGUAAUCUUAUUUUCGGAAUAUGUAUCACAAUUUAUGAGAUAUCACGGAGUAGACAAUGAAUAACACAAUUAGCCAAUGAUAUUUAUCAUUUUUAUUGUGUGAAAAAUGUUAUCUUGUUUUCUCCAGUAGUAAGCAUCUCUUAAAAUUUAAUUAUUCAAUGUCUAUCACUUAGGUUUGUUAGUUAUAAUCUGAUUAAUUGACAAAUGUUUUUUUUUUCAUCACCUUGAUCGAUCAUACGACUGUGUAUAACAGAACCACUGGAAAAUUGAUUCGGACCUCACGUAAUAUUAACGAUAUUUUGUAUAAUUCUUUCACUUGAAUAGAUACAAAGACAAACAUUCAGGCAUGUGAGUGUUUUUUAUAUACUGUACGCAAACAUCUUUUGGCUAUUUCGAGAAAAAUUUUCACAGGGUCUUUGUCUGAAACGUAAAAAGCCUUGAACAACGUUCAAAAAUUUGCAACAAUUUUCUUAAUUAUAAAUACCAAUUUUGUUUGUGGAUUUCACAACAGCAAUAGAAUAAAUUAUAAUAUACUUAAACUAUAUAUAUAUAUAAAUAUAUACAUACGAAACACGACAUGGAGUCAAAAAAUGCUGCAAGAAAACAAAACAAAAAAACUAACAAAAGAUUAAUUUACAAAGUAAAAAUAUAAUCAAUUCUUUAAUUAGUACAUGCGUAUGUUGUAGUUAAUAUGUAACUAUUUUCAUCGACCUGCGCGGAUUUCUAAUUAUUUUAUUCGCUAUAAAUCUUCCUAAUGUAACAAAACUUUUACGUGGAAUGAAAUGUCAUUUGGCUAUUAUCAGUGUAUUGUAUUGUAUAUGUCAAAUAUUACUGAAAAAUAAAAAUAUCGAUAAUAAA